AUGGCGGUCGGACUCUUCGCCGCCACAACCCCCACCGCCUUCCGCCUCAUCCAAUCCUCUUACCUCCUCCCCAAACCAAACCCGACCGUCUUCUUCCCUCCCUCGAAUCUCCAAAAAACAACAAUCCUACAUCGGACUCGGAGAAAGCUGUGUCUCACCGUCUACGUUGUCAUGGAGGACCAAAAACGAAGUACUGCUACCCACGUCGACAGUUCCGAGGAAAUACCACAAGACGGUGCCAAUUCUGAGAUCCCAAUUGUGAUUCCGUCGGUACGGGGCGCCGAGCGAUUGGCCCGGAAGAGAUCCGAGAGGUUCACUUAUCUUGUCGCAGCUGUCAUGUCUAGCUUUGGUAUCACUUCCAUGGCUGUCAUGGCUGUUUAUUACAGAUUUUACUGGCAAAUGGAGGGUGGGAAUGUGCCUGUAUCUGAAAUGUUCGGUACAUUUGCUCUCUCAGUUGGUGCUGCUGUGGGGAUGGAAUUUUGGGCAAGAUGGGCACACAAAGCUCUGUGGCACGCUUCACUAUGGCAUAUGCAUGAGUCCCACCACAAGCCCAGAGAGGGCCCAUUCGAGCUCAACGAUGUGUUUGCUAUAAUAAACGCAGUUCCAGCUAUAGCUUUGCUCAACUAUGGCUUCUUCCACAAAGGCUAUGUUCCUGGCCUUUGUUUUGGUGCUGGUCUUGGAAUUACAGUGUUUGGGAUGGCGUACAUGUUCGUCCACGAUGGUCUGGUUCAUAAAAGAUUCCCGGUAGGACCCAUCGCCAACGUGCCCUAUUUCAGAAAGGUUGCUGCAGCUCAUCAGCUCCACCACUCGGAGAAAUUCAAGGGUGUUCCAUAUGGUUUGUUUCUUGGUCCUCAGGAGGUUGAAGAAGUAGGAGGACAGGAAGAGCUGGAGAAGGAGGUUGAUAGGAGAAUUAAAGCUUCCAAGAACUCAUAACUAAAUUUUGAAUAUUGUAGUAGAGUUUAGGGGUUAGAGAUGAAUGAAUGAAAUGGGUUUUCUGAGCAAUUUUGUUUUACAUAUCUGUAUGUGUGCCAAAAUGCUGUGCUAGGCAGCUAGAAUGGAGCCUAGCUAGAGUCCUUUGAAUGAAGGAAAAUGGAUAUGUAUAUUAGAAUUGUAUUUGUAUGUGGAUUUGUAUCUUGUCCCAGUUAUAUACACUUGAUGAGUGCUCACAACUUUUUGUCA